AUGGCAGACUAUCAUCGUCUUAUUGAAUCCUCCUUAGACAUCCAGAAGCAGCUCCUGAAGAAGUUUGAGGUCGAGCACAUGAAGACCAACAAGAGUCUCGAGGAUUUUAGGUCCGUGUGCAUCCAGAAGAACCGCAAAGAGAUAAAGAAUGCGAGCAGAAUCGAACGACUUGAGAGAAGCCAGCAUAUUCGUGAUCUUGCAUUCGUCGCCAUUGUCGUGGCUAUUUUCAUCGCAUACAUCAUUUGGCUGUUUUAUGUUUACAGCAAGUAUAUGGUCCAUUUGGUUCGGCGGAAGGAAAAUGCAACUGGAUAUUUGAGAGGUUGGGGAUUGAAUGAUACGUUUUGA